AUGCUAAAGAAAACAAUUUUGAUAUAUUGUGCUUUCAUAUUAUCUGACGCUAGUGCAAAUGCUGUUGAGAAAACUAACAUCAAGCAGCAAUAUCAUGAUAAAAUUCGUGGUCCCGAGGCAAGAUUCAUAACGACGAUGCCGCAAACACAAAAGCAAGCUGAAAUUGUUCAUUAUGAAUAUAAACAUCUCCCAGAAAAUAGAUAUUCAUUAUAUUAUGAGACCACCGAUGGCCAAAUGAGGUACGAAUAUGGAUUUUUUAAGGAUGAUGAAAAUUUUGAGAAAAUUCUUAAUGUUCGUGGCUUUUAUGGCUUCUAUGAUGAUCGUGGAGAGAGACAUUUUGUUAGAUAUUCUGCUGACGAGAAUGGAUAUAGAUAUCAACAGGGUGAACCAUAUUUCGACUACACUGAUGGUCCACCGACUGUUGAAAAUACAUUCAAAAUUGCAGUUGUUGAAUUAAAUGAAGCUUAUACUCUUGGUCAAAGACAUGCACGAAAAUUAAUUAAGUAA